AUGGCCAGCGGUAGGCCUCCUGGAAGUCAUCCGUCCGCUGGCCGCGAUGAGGACUUGCUACAACUGGAGGAGAGCGCACCAGUCUACAACAGCGGUCAGCGACCGCCCGUGAACGACGACCAUCUGUUGCAGCGAUAUAAUAUCCACGAUCCAAACCAACAGCAGGGGAGACCAUCCGUUUCUUACGAUGACUUUGUUGGGGGCACACACCCGCCCGCGGGAGCUGGACAGACAGGCCCAGCAGACGCACGACCUCACUCAAACCAUACGGGAAGUAAUCCAUAUGUUGGAGCGCCGGCCACUCGGACCUACUCACAAACGUCGGGGUUAAAUAAUUACCAGCGCUAUUCCGACCUGGAUGACUACGAAGAUGACCGAUCCAUGCAGGGCUACGACAAUGCGGAGAUCGACGAGGACAGUGUAUCCCCCGCGCGGGUCAGGAGAGCAAAUGAGCGAAAUAGUAUUCUGGCUCUGGGCGGUGGGCUCAUGGGCAGGGCGAAGAACAUGCUGGGCAUGGGCCACCAGUACUCGGAGAUGGAUCUGCCGCUGACAGAAUCGGGUGCACGAGGUGCACGGAUCGAUGGUCCCGAGGGGGACGAAGGCAGUCCCCCAAAGAGCAGGAAAAGGUUCAGUGCCGGGGACUUCAAAUUCGGCUUUGGGAAAAAGAAGGUGGAUCCUUCGACUCUGGGACCCCGGAUCAUCAUGCUCAAUAACGCGCCCGCGAAUGCCGCACAUAAAUACGUGGAUAAUCAUAUCUCCACGGCCAAGUACAAUAUCAUCACCUUUAUACCUAAGUUCCUCUUUGAACAGUUCUCGAAAUACGCCAACCUUUUUUUCUUGUUUACCGCCUGUCUUCAGCAAAUCCCCAAUGUGACCCCUACCAACCGAUAUACUACCAUUGUGCCGUUGAUAAUUGUGCUGAUAGUCUCAGCCGUCAAGGAACUGAUUGAAGAUUUCAAACGGAGGAGCUCGGACAAAUCCCUCAAUUACUCCAAGGCCAGGGUUCUCAAAGGGUCCACGUUUCAGGAGACCAGAUGGCUGGAUGUCGCAGUGGGAGACAUUGUGCGGGUGGAAUCCGAAGAGCCAUUUCCCGCAGACCUGGUUUUGCUUGCGAGUUCUGAGCCCGAAGGUCUCUGUUACAUUGAGACAGCCAAUUUGGACGGAGAGACAAACCUCAAAGUUAAGCAGGCCAUCCCGGAAACCGCCCACCUGGUCAAUCCUAGCGACCUGAGCAGGCUGACAGGGCGGAUACGGUCCGAACAGCCGAAUAGCAGCCUCUACACGUAUGAAGCCACGUUGACCAUGCAUGCCGGAGGAGGCGAGAAGGAGCUACCUCUGUCGCCUGACCAACUUCUGCUUCGAGGAGCUACGCUGCGUAAUACACCGUGGAUUCAUGGCGUGGUUGUCUUCACUGGUCAUGAGACAAAGUUGAUGAGAAAUGCCACCGCAACUCCGAUCAAGCGAACCGCUGUGGAACACACCGUCAACUGGCAGAUUCUGAUGCUUGUUGGCGUUCUUGUAGCUCUUAGUGUGAUCAGCUCUGUCGGAGACUUAAUCGUUCGGGAGACGGCAUCCAGCAAACUAUCGUACCUCGACUACGGUUCAUAUCAACCUGUGAAACAGUUUAUUAUGGAUAUCUUCACCUACUGGGUGCUCUACUCUAACCUCGUUCCGAUCUCACUUUUCGUGACAAUAGAGAUCGUUAAGUACUUCCAGGCUUUUCUUAUCAGUUCCGAUCUUGAUAUGUACUAUGAUAAGACGGACACACCUGCGGUUUGCCGGACGUCUUCUCUCGUGGAGGAGUUGGGUCAGAUCGAGUACAUCUUCUCUGACAAGACGGGUACUUUAACCUGCAACCAGAUGGAGUUUAAACAGUGCUCCAUCGGUGGGAUUCAGUAUGCUGGUGAGGUUCCCGAAGAUCGGAGGCCGACGAGCGAUGGGGACGAUACUGGUAUUCACGACUUCAAGAAGCUCCGUGAGAACUUGAAAUCUCAUCCUACCAAAGAGGCCAUUCAUCAUUUCCUCACGUUGCUGGCAACCUGCCACACGGUCAUUCCAGAGAGGAGGGCCGAGAAACCUGGGGAAAUCAAAUAUCAGGCCUCGUCUCCUGAUGAAGGUGCUCUGGUAGAAGGAGCUGUUAUGUUGGGUUAUCGGUUCACAAACCGGAAACCUCGGUCAGUUAUUAUCACUGUGGACGGGCAGGAAUAUGAAUACGAGUUGCUGGCUGUAUGCGAAUUCAACUCGAGCAGGAAAAGGAUGUCAACUAUCUUCCGAUGCCCUGAUGGAAAGGUCCGAAUCUAUUGCAAGGGUGCAGACACGGUGAUCCUGGAACGCCUCAAUCCGGACAAUCCAAUCGUGGAAGCCACCUUACAGCACCUUGAGGAAUACGCUUCUGAAGGUCUGCGGACCCUCUGUCUGGCAAUGAGAGAAAUCCCGGAGGAUGAAUUCCAACAGUGGAUCCAGAUCCACGACAAGGCCGCCACGACUGUCAGCGGAAACCGUCAAGAGGAACUGGAUAAGGCAUCCGAGCUUAUCGAGAAAGACUUCUACCUUCUCGGAGCUACUGCCAUCGAAGACAGAUUGCAGGAUGGAGUCCCUGACACUAUCCACACUCUGCAGACCGCCGGCAUCAAAAUCUGGGUUUUGACUGGUGACAGACAAGAAACCGCCAUCAACAUUGGCAUGUCAUGCAAGCUUAUCUCGGAAGACAUGACGUUGCUUAUCGUGAACGAAGAGUCCGCCUCUGCUACCAGAGAGAACUUGUCGAAGAAAUUGCAAGCGAUUCAGAGUCAGACCGCUUCCGGCGGGGAAACAGAACCUCUCGCGCUCAUCAUUGAUGGGAAGUCCUUGACUUAUGCGCUUGAGAAAGAUUUGGAAAAGACCUUCCUGGAUUUGGCGGUUAUGUGCAAGGCCGUCGUGUGCUGUCGUGUUUCACCGCUCCAGAAAGCUCUUGUAGUCAAGCUUGUCAAGCGUCAUUUGAAGUCUCUGCUUCUUGCUAUCGGCGACGGAGCCAAUGAUGUGUCCAUGAUCCAGGCAGCCCAUGUGGGUGUGGGUAUCAGUGGUGUUGAGGGUCUCCAGGCUGCGCGGGCUGCCGACGUGUCCAUUGCGCAGUUCCGCUACCUUCGAAAACUGCUUCUUGUUCACGGAUCCUGGGCCUAUUCGCGGAUCAGCAAGGUGAUUUUGUAUUCCUUCUACAAGAACAUCGCUCUCAACAUGACGCAGUUCUGGUACGCCUUUCAAAAUGCCUUCUCGGGGGAAGUGAUCUACGAGUCGUGGACUCUGUCCUUCUACAACGUCUUGUUCACGGUGCUUCCUCCGUUUGUCAUGGGGAUCGUUGAUCAGUUUGUUUCGGCCCGACUGUUGGAUCGGUACCCUCAGCUGUACCAGCUCGGUCAGAAGGGCGUUUUCUUCAAGAUGCACAGCUUCUGGUCAUGGAUCGCCAACGGCUUCUUCCAUUCGCUUGUAGCUUACGUCGUUUCGGAGCUUAUUUUCUACGACGAUCUCCCAAUGCGGAAUGGUUUGACAGCAGGUCAUUGGGUAUGGGGCACAUGCCUGUACACGGCUGUCCUUGUCACGGUGCUGGGGAAGGCGUCUCUCGUCACGAAUAUUUGGACUAAAUAUCAUGUCAUCGCUAUUCCUGGAUCGCUUCUGAUCUGGCUGAUUUUCCUCCCUGCUUACGGCUACGUGGCGCCGACUCUUGGGUUCUCGAUGGAAUACUACGGCAUCAUCCCUGUUAUAUUCACGCUACCGCAGUUCUACAUGAUGGCUAUUAUCCUGCCCGCGAUCUGCCUUCUCCGUGACUUUGCCUGGAAAUAUGCGAAACGCAUGUACAUUCCGCAGCCGUACCAUCACGUCCAAGAGAUCCAGAAGUAUAAUGUCCAAGAUUACCGGCCGCGGAUGGAGCAGUUCCAGAAGGCGAUCCGGAAGGUUCGCCAGGUGCAGCGGAUGCGGAAACAGCGCGGCUAUGCCUUCAGUCAAGCCGACGAGGGCGGACAGAUGAGGAUUGUUAACGCUUAUGACACGACGAGGAGCAGGGGUAGAUAUGGAGAGAUGGCCAGUUUGAGAAGGCCGGUUUGA